AGGCCACUAUCUACCCCGGGCUGGCUCGCCAUGGCCCGGCGGGGGCAGCGGGGGUAGCGGGGAGGCGGAGCCGCGCGAACCUUCGGGGCGCGGGCGCCGGGGGGCACCGAGCCAUGAGCUCCUACCUGGAGUACGUGUCGUGCGCCGGCGGCGGCGGCGGCGGGGGGCCGGGUGGCCAGGCGCUCAGCUUCGCACCCAAGUUCCGCCGCGCCGACGCGCGCCCCGGGGCCCUGCAGCCCGCCUUCGCCCUGGGCGGCGGCGACGGCGCGUUCGCCGGCUGCCUGCCCCUGGCCGCCGGCCGGCCCGCGCCGUCGCCCCCCGCGCCGCCCCCGGGCGCGCCCCGCUUCUCGCCCUGCACCCUGGAGGGCGCCUACGAGCGGGGCGCCGCGCCCGCCGCCGACUACGGCUUCCUGGGCCCCGGGCCGGCCGUGGAGCUCCCGGGCGCGCUGGCGAGGGCGGCGGACGGCGGCGGCGGGGCGCACGUCCACUACGCCACCUCGGCCGUCUUCUCCGGCGGGGGCCCCUUCCUGCUCAGCGGCCAGGUGGACCUCGGCGCCUUCGGCGAGCCCGGCCCCUUCCCCGCGUGUCUCAAGGAGCGCGCGGACGGCCAGCCCGGGCCCUUCCACGCUGGGUCCCCGGCCCCCGGAGCCUGUCCCAAGCCCGCUUCCCCCGCCUCCGGCCUCCCGGUGGCCUUCAGCACUUUCGAGUGGAUGAAAGUGAAGAGGAACGCCCCCAGGAAAAGCAAACUCUCCGAAUACGGAGCCGCAAGCCCCUCCAGCGCCAUCCGCACGAACUUCAGCACCAAGCAGCUGACAGAGCUGGAGAAGGAGUUUCAUUUCAAUAAGUACCUCACCAGAGCCCGACGCAUCGAGAUAGCCAGCUGCCUGCAGCUCAAUGACACCCAGGUCAAAAUCUGGUUCCAGAACCGUAGGAUGAAACAGAAGAAGAGGGAACGGGAGGGGCUUCUGGCGGCCUCUGUGGCCUCCCUUCAGCUGCCCCGGUCGGAAACAAGUCCCAGCAAAUCUGGCAGGAACCUAGGAAGCCCUUCUCAGGCUCAGGAGCCUUCCUGAGGUCCCUUCCUGAGGCUGAGGACCUUUGGUGUGCUGAAGGCAGACUGUCCCCACUCUUGUAUAGACUUAGGAGCUCAGCUUGGGCUGAAGGUGGGCGUGGGCAGAAAUUAGCACAGAUUUUACUUGGCAAAGGAACUGUCCAAAUUGGCUUAGAGUUCCAGAGGCCGUGUAUAGAGAUAUUAUUUUGAUAUCUCUUAUUUGCAUAUUUUAUUUUGGCUCAUCAGGGAAAAGGUGUCUGGCUACCAGCCGAAAGGCUUCUGUGUUAGUCAUGUGCAAAUCUUGGGUGCAGAGUGGCAGGCCGCUGAACUCUGUGAACCCUCCGAUGGGGCCAGAAAGGCACCUCUCUGGAGUUAUUUCAGGUUUGCUCUCCAGGACACGCUACAUGUUUUCGGCUUCUUGAGAUGACCAGGGCUGGUAGGCUCUCCUUGAUGUCGCUAUGCUGCUCCGAUGAUGAUCUUCUAGUUGCACUCCAGUUUGUUUGUUCAAAAUGGUCCCUACCUCUUCGUGUGCCUGCGUGAAGUGACAAUCGCUGUUUAGUUAGUAGCUGAACGAAUCCACAGGGCGGAUAGGACCUGAAUUAUACCUUGACAUCAGUUACUCAAACUUGAAUUGUAAAUACGUACAGUAUGUAUAUUUUUGAAAGAUUUGCUUGCAGUGAGCCUAUAUAUGACAUUUGAUGUCAGGCAUAGCAUGUAAAGGUUUGGACUCUUUUUUGUAAUAAAAGUUA